CUGACUAUGUUUGCAAAUCAGCUACAGAAGUUUCUUUCUCUAUCAGUCCGGUGCUAUCAUAGUUUCUCCCACUAUAGGUUCAUUCAGUUCAAGUCUUUCAGGUAUAUAUCGAACUGUCUAGGUCUUUGACUCAAGUGUCACACAUUAUAUGAUCAGUGAUUCUUCUUUAUUUGUAUCUAUUAUUUCUCCACCAUCUGUAUCUGUAUUUACCGCUAAUGGCUCUCAAAUGUCAUUAGCUAGUGUUGGGACAAUUAUUUCUUCUAACCUUAUACUUUUAGAUGUCUAUUACAUUCUUCAACUUACUUUUAAUUUAAUUUCAAUCAAUCAACUAUUUGACUUUGAAUUUUUAGUUCAUUUCUCUUCCUCUAACUGUAUUAUGCAGGAUCCACAAUCCAAGAAGCUGAUUGGGAUGGGACAGGUCAUAAAAAGGGAGGGCUAUAUGUGUUGAAGGAGCUUUAUAUCCCCAAUGUUGCUGCUUCUACUAUUGAUUUAUCUUAUUUUUGUUAGAGUCCAAAAUCAUCUAAUUUUUAUUUAUAGCAUUCUCAUCUUGGUCAUGUUUUUCAUUCUCGUUUAAAAUAUUUAGCUUUUACUAGUAGUUUAGGUAGUUUAGAAAGCCAUGACAUUCCUGAUUGUAGUAGAUGCAAAUUGGCUAA